AUGGAUGGUAGACAGUACUUAAAGUCUUAUGGUUGGAGAGAAGGUGAAGCACUGAAAGAGGGCGGCUUAAAAAAGCCUGUAUUGGUAAAGCACAAAUAUGAUAAGAAGGGUAUUGGUGGUGCUGUAGGUCAGGAAGAUGGUGAAGCAUGGUGGGAAAGGCUAUUCGAUGGACAUUUGAAAAAUUUAGACGUCAAUGUGGGUUCAAAUGGCGGUGAUGGCAUAACUUUUAAUCAGAAGGAAGCUACGGCAUCUGGUGUUUCUAAGAACGAUUCUCCUCUGUACAAGUGGUUUGUUCGAGGAGAAAGUCUGAAGGGAACUAUAGAUGUUAAAGAAGAUUCGAAGAAGAAGAGUGUUUCCGUAGUCUCAGGCAAGAGGAAAGCAGAUGAUGGUGGUGAUGGUGAUAAGAGGAAAACCAAAAGAUCAAAGAGUGAUGGAAGGAAUGAGUCUGAGAAGGUGAAGAAGGAGAAGAAGGAGAGGAAGAAGCAAAAGAAAGAGAAGAAAGAAAAGAAGAAAGAGAAGAAAGAAAAAAAAGAGAAGAAAGAGAAGAAAAAGUUGAAAAAGGACAAAACGAAUAAAAAUCUCGAGACAAAGAACUAA